AUGGAGGUUACUAUGGAAGAGUUGGCGAAUGAAAAGGAGGUGAGGGUUGAACCAGGCGAUGUUGAGAUUAAUAGAUCGGGACCAGUGCCAAAAAUUCGAUUGUCGACGGGGCUCAAGGAAAAGCUCACGCAAUUCUCAAUUGUGGUGAAUUUGUUGGGAAGAACGAUAGGAUACAAGGCGCUUUGUUUGAAGCUUCGACAGAUAUGGAAUAUGCAAGGAACGGAGGUGGUGGAUAUGGGUUGUGGAUAUUUUCUAGUGCAGUUUCUGAAGCAGGAGGACUAUCUUGCGGCUGUACUCGAGGGGCCGUGGCUGGUUUCAGGAAGCUAUCUGCAAGUUCAAGAUUGGACGCCGAAGUUUCGGGUCCAUCACACAGCUCCACAAUCCACAAUAGUGUGGAUCAGGAUUUCAAAACUUCCACUACACUUGUAUCCGUUAAAUGUUAUAAGUGCAAUUGGAGAAGUUGUUGGAAAGGUGAUCCGUGUUGACUACAAUACUAGUGGGCUGCAGAGGGGUAAAUUCGCAAGGAUGGCAGUUAACAUUGAUCUCAAGCAGCCCCUUGUGUCAAAAUUCACGAUCCACGGUGAAGAAUGUAAAGUAGAGUAUGAAAACUUGAGUGAGUUAUGCAUUUUCUGUGGCAUGUACGGGCAUCUCGACGCUAACUGUGCUCGUAAACCGACGAACAAGGACGGAGAGGAUAUGGACAAUAAUAGUGAUAAGGUUGUGGAAGUUCCCAAAGAUACAUAUGGACCAUGGAUGAUUGUGGAGAAAAGGAUGAAACAACUGAAACGUAAUUGGGAGAAUGAGGGAAAGGAAAGUACUGAGACAGGGGGCUCCAGAUUCGACAUCCUUCAAGACGAGGGGACAAUACAGGAAAAGGGAAAAGGGGAUAAUUUGAAUGUCAGGCACAAGUCCUACGAACUUCCGUGA